GGUUUAACGCCAACCUCCUCUCUUCUUUGAAAAACAUCAGCCAACUCUGAUUCUUGGUCUUCCUUCAUCAUUUUUCGUUGAUCUUCCUUGCCGUUUUCUUCUCUUUUCUUCUUCUUAGUGAGUGCCGUCGUUUCAGAUACGCUUUUUAGUAUCACUUUCUACACUCUCCACACCCUCAAGAACGCAGCUACCUUUUGUUGAUCGGAGCUAUCGGCCAAAGGUUCCGCCGUUAAAGCAGAAUGGGAGGCAAGAAGCAAAAUAAGAAGAAAAUUCUUGAGAAGGAUAUGAAAGAAUCUUCCACAUUUUCAAAUUACAGCGUACCUGCAAGAAAUCUUAGAAAAGAUGAUCUCGGUUCUGUAAUAUUUGGUUGCAAACACAAUACAAUCAACGAAUGCCUUACAAAUCACUUGUUUGGUUUGCCAGCCACCCAUUUCUCAUACAUUAAGAACAUAAAGGAAGGGCUUGUUCUAUUUCUGUUCAACUAUAGUGAUCGAAAGCUUCAUGGAGUAUUUGAAGCUGCAAGUCCUGGUUCAAUGAACAUCAAUAGGUAUGCCUGGGUUGCUGAUACAGAGGACUGUGGAUACACACAUUAUCCAGCACAGGUCCGGGUUCGUGUAAGACAACAAUGUCAUCCGUUGUCUGAAAACCAGUUCAAGCCAGUUAUAGCUGAUAACUACUAUGAAGAUAAACACUUCUACUUUGAGUUGGAUCAUCAUCAAACAAAGAAGCUCAUGUCACUAUUUACACCAUCCCCUGUGAAUCCUUCUUCUUCUUCACAGAUUGCUACACGGAGUAGCUUUCCGUUAAGACAGCCAAACAGUUUUAAGAACAUGAAUCAGACGUUGGGAUGUUCUUAUGCUUCUGUUGUUGGCCAACAUGCUACUCCCAUCACUACCAGUUCAACAUGGAGUGCACUGUUUAAAGCUGAAGCAAGUUUUGAAAACGAAGAUGAGAGUGAUAAUGUGGUUGCAAGAAACCAUGAUGAGUGGCCAAAGGAUGAAGAUACGAGUAAUGUUAUGCAUGCAAACACUUGGGAUGAUGAUGAUGUCGGGUGUGUUCAGGCACAGGAAUCAGAUUGGGGUUAUGAAGGAAACACCAUUAAAGACGAGUGGCAAAAUGAAGAAGAUGAAGUGUUGUCAACAAACAAGUUGAAUCCUCCUGAUACAAACACCAACAAAGACGAGUUGCCAUCUUCUUCAUCUCAAUUGUUAGAUGACAAUCCUGAUCACCAGCUGCCAUUGUGUAGUAAGGAAAGUGAGACCAAUGUAGAAGAAAAUGAUGUAAAAGACAAUUCUUUAGUGCCAGUUACAGCUUUAGAGAUUUCUUCUACUAAUCUUGAGUCAUUGGUUGCCAAGUUGUUGAAAGAAGUUGAAGAGCUGAAGGGAUCACAUUUGAAGCAAGUCACAAACAUCAAUCUGCUAGAACAAGAACUGGAUAAAUCAAAACUAGAAACCCAGCAGCUUCAAAACAGGAUUGAUGUUUUGGAGUCUGGAUGUGUUGAAGAAAGCAAGAAUGAUUCAAAGAUUCUGAAGUCGGUGAUGAUUGUUGGGGGAUUUGAUGGUUGUUUAUGGUUGCCAUGUCUGGAUUCAUAUUACCCAUGUUAUGAUAUUAGAAUCCCACUCACCCAAAUGAAUGUUGUAAAGAAAUACGGAUCAGCAGCAACCAUGAAUGGUGAACUUUACCAUUUUGGUGGCAUAAAACCUAUCGUUGAAUCAUACAGCCCAACAACUAAUCAGUGGGUUUUAAGACCACCUUUGUAUUGGAGCAACAUCCAUGUUGCUGGUGCUUCAGUCAACAACAAACUCUUUGUGGCUGGUGGUAACAAAGAAAGCCAUUUUUCAUCUGAGGUGGAAUAUCUGGAUCUCAACUAUGGGAAAUGGCUCCCUGUUCAUUCCAUGAAUAGCAAGAGGUCUGGUCCAGCAGCAGCAGAACUCAACAACGCUCUGUAUGUUACUGGUGGGUUUGAUGGACAAUCUUAUUCAAGUUCUGUUGAAAUGCUUGAUCCACGUGAAGAAAAGUGGUCAACACUUGCGGAUAUGAACAAAGGGAAGGGUUGCCAUUCCAUGGUUGUACUCAAUGAGAAACUAUACACUGUUGGAGGAUAUGAUGGAGAAAAGUAUUUACAGACAGUUGAAUGUUUUGAUACUCGAAUGGGUUGUUGGGUGGAGUGUGCACCAAUGAAUGUUUGUAGAGGCAAUUUUGGUGCUUUUGUGAUUGGAGAAAAACUGUACGCAAUUGGAGGAUCCACGGACAACAAUAAAGUUUUGGAGAUUGUGGAAUGUUAUAAAGAAGGAAGUGGUUGGGAGGUUUGUGAUGUAAAAGCAAUUGGGAAAAGAAGUCACUUUUCAGCGAUUGUGAUGUGAAUUUGAGUUUUAUGAACAAAAUAGUGAGAUAUUAGAGAUAUAGUGUUGACUUUUUUGUUCCUACUUCACACCUGUCUGAUCUGGAUUGGUUAGUGAUCGUUUUGCAUGGCUACCUGUACAUCGGGAAAAACUAUGAAAAUGUAUGUUUUGUUUUAUUAAUUAUUAUUAUACAGCCAUUGAUAUCACACUAUUAUUCGUGUACAUAAUAAUUUACAUGGAACAAUUCCUGAAUUUAGAAGUCAGAUUCAAGCUAGAGUAAGUUGGAGAAUUUCACUGAACUCCAACCUUCUAGUUUCAGUAUAGAAAGUGUUGUAUUUGUUAGGCCAAUAAGUCAACCAAAUCGAGCCUUUAGCUUCCCACUCCAUCGUUUCCCCAAUCGCGCCUCUUCCCACCUUCCACAACACACUUUCUCCGUACUCAUCGCCGGCGAAAAUAACUCCUCCUUGCCUGGUAAACGGCCGAUAAGCGCUGGAAUACCGGUUUCUGAACCAUGCUUUUGGUUGAAGCAUCGCGAUCUUUGAAGGCUUCGAUGAGAAAACUUCUCGUCCAUUAACGCUGUCGUGAAGGAACCAGUUGAAAGUGCCGCUGUAGCCGUAGACUGAUUGCUCGAAUUUCCAUGGCUUGAGGUUGGUGGUGACGGUUUCACCGGCGGAAACGGAUAUUCCGAUGUGAGGAUUUGGUGGUUCGAAUGAGCCUUCGAUGGAUCUCUCGACGCCGAUUUCUCGUGAAGGGUUCUCAGAUGAUCGGCUAACGGAAACGCUUAAGACGUUUGUUUGGAUGGUGGGUGUGAGAUGUAGGGAUAUGCGUGAUGGGAAGUGCUUUUCCUCGAUUCCUGCCCCACGCUCUUUUAGGAGCGUGUCGUUCACGAGCCUUAUCACGUCACAUCU